GGGCCGGGCCGGGGGCCCGCGGAGCCGCCGCCAUGGGCGUGGACUUCGACGUGAAGACCUUCUGCCACAACCUGCGCGCCACCAAGCCGCCCUACGAGUGCCCGGUGGGCACCUGCCGCAAGAUCUACAAGAGCUACAGCGGGAUCGAGUACCACCUGUACCACUACGACCACGACAACCCGCCGCCGCCCCAGCACGCCCCGCUGCGCAAGCACAAGAAGAAGGGGCGCCAGGCGCGCGCCGCCAACAAGCAGUCGCCCAGCCCCUCGGAGACCUCGCAGUCGCCGGGCCGCGAGGUGAUGACCUACGCGCAGGCGCAGCGCAUGGUGGAGGGGGACCUGCACGGCCGCGUGCACCGCAUCAGCAUCUUCGACAACCUGGACGUGGUGUCGGAGGACGAGGAGGCGCCCGAGGAGGCGCCCGAGAGCGGCAGCAACAAGGAGAACGCGGAGGCGCCGGCCGCCGCGCCCAAGGCCGCCAAGCACAAGAACAAGGAGAAGCGCAAGGACUCCAACCACCACCACCACAGCGCCGCGGCCGGCGCCACCCCCAAGCUGCCCGAGGCUGCGUGGGCCUGCACCCAUGCUGGGUGCUCAUUCCCUCUCCCCUUCUCUUUGAGGUACAUUGAGAAGUCAGCCGAGGAGCUGGAUGAGGAGGUGGAGUAUGACAUGGAUGAGGAGGAUUACAUCUGGCUGGACAUCAUGAAUGAGCGGCGGAAGACGGAGGGUGUGAGCCCCAUCCCCCAGGAGAUCUUUGAGUACCUGAUGGACCGGCUGGAGAAGGAGUCCUACUUUGAGAGCCACAACAAGGGGGACCCCAACGCGCUGGUUGACGAGGACGCAGUCUGCUGUAUCUGCAACGACGGGGAGUGUCAGAACAGCAACGUCAUCCUCUUCUGCGACAUGUGCAACCUGGCUGUUCACCAGGAGUGCUAUGGCGUGCCCUACAUCCCCGAGGGCCAGUGGCUGUGCAGGAGGUGCCUGCAGUCACCCUCCCGGGCUGUGGACUGUGCCCUCUGCCCCAACAAGGGUGGAGCUUUCAAACAGACGGACGAUGGGCGCUGGGCACACGUGGUCUGUGCCCUCUGGAUCCCGGAGGUGUGCUUUGCCAACACGGUGUUUCUAGAGCCCAUCGACAGCAUCGAGCACAUCCCCCCAGCCCGCUGGAAGCUGACCUGCUACAUCUGUAAGCAGCGUGGCUCCGGGGCCUGCAUCCAGUGUCACAAGGCCAACUGCUACACUGCCUUCCACGUGACCUGUGCCCAGCAGGCUGGACUCUACAUGAAGAUGGAGCCUGUCCGCGAGACGGGAGCAAACGGCACCUCCUUCAGUGUGCGCAAGACAGCCUACUGCGACAUUCACACGCCCCCGGGCUCCAUGCGCCGGCUCCCUGCCCUCUCUCACAGUGAAGGGGAGGAGGAAGACGAGGAGGAGGAAGAAGAGGGCAAAGGCUGGAGUUCGGAGAAGGUGAAGAAGGCAAAGGCCAAGUCCAGGAUCAAAAUGAAGAAGGCAAGGAAGAUCCUGGCCGAGAAGCGAGCAGCAGCACCGGUGGUUUCCGUGCCCUGCAUCCCCCCGCACAGGCUCAGUAAGAUCACCAACCGCUUAACCAUCCAGAGGAAGAGCCAGUUCAUGCAGAGGCUUCACAGCUACUGGACGCUGAAGAGGCAGUCCCGCAAUGGGGUCCCUCUGCUGCGCCGGCUCCAGACACACUUGCAGUCUCAAAGGAACUGCGAUCAGCCUCUGCUGUUCCUGCAGAGAGACACUGAGGAUAAGAACUGGGCCCUCAAGGAGCAGCUGAAAUCCUGGCAGCGCCUCCGCCAUGACCUGGAGCGCGCACGCCUGCUGGUGGAACUGAUCCGCAAGAGAGAGAAGCUCAAGAGAGAGACGAUCAAGGUCCAGCAGGUGGCACUGGAAAUGCAGCUGACCCCUUUCCUCAUCCUCCUCCGCAAGACUCUGGAGCAGCUGCAGGAGAAGGACACGGGCAACAUCUUCAGCGAGCCGGUCCCUCUGUCUGAGGUAACAGAACUCUACGAAGUCCCAGACUACCUGGACCACAUCAAGAAGCCGAUGGACUUCCAAACUAUGAAACAGAACCUGGAGGCCUAUCGCUACCUGAACUUCGAUGAUUUCGAGGAGGACUUCAACCUCAUCAUCAAUAACUGCCUGAAGUACAAUGCCAAGGACACCAUCUUCUACCGGGCGGCCAUCCGGCUGCGAGAGCAGGGGGGUGCUGUGUUGCGCCAGGCUCGCCGCCAGGCAGACAAGAUGGGCAUCGACUUUGAGACAGGCAUGCACUUCCCUCACUGCAUGCCUGUGGACGAUGCUCAGUGCAUGGGCAUCGAGGAUGAGGAUGCACGGCUGCUGCUGACAGAGAACCAGAAGCACCUGCCCUUGGAGGAGCAACUGAAGAUCUUGCUGGAGCGGCUGGAUGAGGUCAACACAGGGAAGCAGAGCAUUGGGCGCUCCCGCCGAGCCAAGAUGAUCAAGAAGGAGAUCACCAUCCUGCGCCGGAAGCUCGCACACCCACGGGAGCUGGGCCGGGAGGUGAUGGAUAGGCACGGGGGCUCUGCCAGGGGCAUCCUGCAGCCCCACAACCCCUGUGAGAAGGACACACAGACCGACAGCGCAGCUGAGGAGAGCAGCAGCCAGGAAACUGGCAAAGGCCUGGGCCCCAACUCCUCCUCCACCCCAGCGCAUGAAGUUGGCCGUAGAACUUCUGUGCUCUUCUCCAAGAAGAACCCCAAAACUGCAGGACCCCCAAAGCGGCCAGGGCGCCCUCCCAAGAAUCGGGAGAGCCAGCUGGUCCCCGGACAUGGGAGCAGCCCUAUCGGCCCCCCGCAGCUCCCAAUAAUGGGAGGGUCACAGCGGCAGCGGAAGAGGGUAAGAAAGAGCCCGCACCAGAGCUCCAGCUCGGACAGCGACAGUGAUAAAUCUGCUGAGGAGCCUCCCAUGGCCCUGCCUGCCAACUGCUUCAGCAGCGGAAACCAACCCGUGAAGAAGAGCUUCCUGGUGUACCGCAAUGACUGCAACCUGCCCCGAAGCAGCUCUGACUCAGAAUCCAGCAGCAGCAGCAGUAGCAGCGCGGCCUCCGAUCGCACCAGCACCACACCCUCCAAGCAGGGCAGAGGGAAGCCCUCCUUCUCCCGUGUGAACUUCCCAGAGGACAGCAGCGAGGACACGUCUGGGACGGAGAAUGAGUCCUACUCUGUCGGCACCGGGCGAGGUGUCGGGCACAGCAUGGUGCGGAAGAGCAUUGGCCGUGGGGCAGGGUGGUUGUCAGAAGACGAGGACUCCUCUCUGGAUGCCCUGGACCUGGUGUGGGCCAAGUGCCGGGGAUACCCGUCAUACCCAGCAUUGAUCAUCGACCCCAAAAUGCCGCGGGAGGGCAUGUUCCACCACGGCGUCCCCAUCCCCGUGCCGCCCCUGGAGGUGCUGAAGCUGGGCGAGCAGAUGACUCAGGAAGCGCGGGAGCACCUCUACCUGGUCCUCUUCUUCGACAACAAGCGGACCUGGCAGUGGCUG